ACUCUCCUUGCUGCUUAAAACUCCAAAGUUCGAGUAGGCAGCUUAGAUUCAACUUCAAAACUGAAUCCAGAAAUCAUAAUCUCAAAACAGUUUACAAGACUUCACUGCUCUCUUUGCUGCUAAAAAUCCCAACCAAAAAGAGUUACCCAAGUUAAUUAGCCGCAAUUCUCUUCAUAAAACUUGACCACAGUACCGUACGCACGUUCCCAAAUGGAUAUUUCAAGUCAAUUCUCUGACCUUUUCUCCUUCAAGUCUUACUCCAUGCCAGCUGAUAGGUUGGAGCCAUCGUCACCGUCUGAAGCGGGCACUGGACGCCAGGGUGCUCACUCUGAUGAGGAAGUAUAUUUACUAGCAACGAGCAGACCUAAGAAACGUGCAGGGAGGAGAAUAUUCAAGGAGACACGACAUCCGGUUUUUAGAGGGGUUCGAAGAAGGAAUAAAGAUAAGUGGGUAUGUGAAUUGCGGGAGCCUAAUAAAAAGGCUCGGAUUUGGCUUGGUACUUAUCCCACCCCAGAAAUGGCUGCACGGGCACAUGAUGUAGCUGCAAUAGCAUUUAGAGGCAAAGCUGCCUGCCUUAAUUUCGCUGACUCUGCUUGGAGGUUGCCUGUACCGGCUUCAAAAACUGCAAGCGAUAUUAGGAGAGCAGCAGCAGAGGCAGCAGAGGCAUUUAGGCCUCAAGAAUUGAAGGAACUUUCAGGUAGCGACGCGAGACAGGAAAGUGUCAAGGCUUCAGAUGGUGAAGUUUCCAGCAGUGACUGUAACUUUGGGAACAAGAAAACAGUGGCGGACAAAGUUCACUUCGUUGACGAAGAAGCAAUGUUCGACAUGCCAAAGUUGCUUGUCAGCAUGGCUGAAGGUCUUCUACUUUCUCCGCCUAGGAAUUGGGAUGAUGCUGAUCGUGAUAUCGAUGUGACUUUGUGGAGUUACUCAAUUUGAUUGGAUCGGAUUUAGUGUACAUAUUGCAUGGUUUUGUAAUAUGAUGCUUUAUUAAGGUUUCGGAUGUAGAAAUAGCAUCGACGUAUUGUAAAAGGAUGUUGAAUUUGAAGUCAAGGGCAUGUAAUAUAUACAACUUCUAAGAAGUCUUUUGUUUCAA